AUGACUAGUGAUUUGCUCAAGAGACAUGUUUUGAUGAUAGAUAAUUAUGAUUCCUUUACUUGGAAUUUAUAUCAAUAUCUUCAUCAAUCUCAUUUAUGCGGAAAAGUCGACGUCUAUCGUAAUGAUAAAAUCGAUAUAGCUCGUAUUGAAAAUGAAAUAAAGCCGGAUAUUAUCUUCAUAUCUCCAGGUCCUGGACAUCCACAAACAGAUUCAGGUGUUUCAAGAGAUGUUAUUGAGCAUUUCAAGGGAAAGUUGCCAAUAUUCGGUGUCUGUAUGGGAUUACAAUGUGUAUUUGAUGUGUUUGGCGGUGAUGUUUCGUACGCUGGAGAAAUUGUUCAUGGUAAAACUACUACUAUAAAGCACGAUGGAAAAGGUAUGUUUGCUAACGUCCCGCAAUCAGUUGCUGUUACGAGAUAUCAUUCAUUGGCCGGUACUCAACAAACUUUGCCUGAUUGUCUUGAGGUGACAGCAUCCACUGAAACGUCUCCAGAAAUUAUUAUGGGUGUAAGACAUAAGGAAUACGCAAUAGAAGGUGUGCAGUUCCACCCGGAAUCCAUCUUAACCGAAUCUGGACAGAUAAUGAUUGACAAUUUAUUAUCUGUUCAAGGUGGUACUUGGAAAGAAAAUGAUGCUUCUAAAGGAGCUGUCACUCCUGCUAGAAAGGAAAAUAUCUUGAUCAAGAUCUUUGAAAAGCGUAAGGAAGACUAUAAAAUCAUUGAACAGCUUCCUGGUAAGUCAUUUGAACAGUUACAAAUAUCAUUAUCGUUGUCCGUAGCCCCAAGCUUGAUAAAUUUCUAUGAUCGUAUUAUCUACACCCAAAAAGAGUUAAAACAAACCAUUAUUUUGUCUGAGUUCAAGCGUGCAUCCCCAUCUAAAGGUGACAUUAACAUUCAAGCUCAUCCUGGUAAGCAAGCCUUGACUUACGCCACGAAUGGAUGCUCGACCAUUUCUGUAUUAACAGAACCAAAAUGGUUCAAAGGCUCAUUAGACGACAUGGCUUUAAUACGUCGUGUUAUCGACACUCCUACCAAGGAAGGUUACAAGAGACCGGCAGUCUUAAGAAAAGAAUUCAUUUUCAAUAAGUACCAGAUCUUAGAAGCCCGUUUAGCUGGUGCCGAUACCGUCUUGUUGAUCGUCAAAAUGUUGAUGAACUCUCACAUAUUGCAAGAAUUGUACGAAUACUCCUUAUCCUUGGGUAUGGUUCCGUUGGUUGAAGUCAAUGAUGCCUCUGAAUUGGACUUAGCUGUCAAGCUCACUUACAAAGGUGAUAACAAAGAACCUCUCGUAAUCGGGGUAAACAACCGUAAUUUGUCCACUUUCGACGUUGAUUUAGGAACCACCAGCUCCUUAGUUGAUGCUGCUAAAAACAAGAGUGGCAGAAAGGGCGAUGUCUUGGUCUUAGCAUUAUCUGGAAUAACUAAUGUUGAUGAUGUCAAAAAAUACAAAUACGAAGACAAUGUCGAUGGUUUUUUGAUAGGAGAAAGCUUAAUGAGAGCUGAAGAACAAGGUAGAGCUGGUGACUUCUUAAAUGAAUUAUGUACUUGUUAG